GGGCAGCCAACAAUCCGUGCCUUGGAUUCAGAUGAGGCUACAGCUUGGUUGAGGAUGUUGUUUGGUCAGACGAAAGUCUGUGGUGACACAUCGUCGAAAUCCUUGAAAGCCACCGUCAUCUCGUGGGCGGCCAAGAGAGGGGUAGAGCCCCUGUCUUUGCAGAGGCUCGGCUACCAUGCAUCAGGUGGGAUGGACAUAGUGUACAGUCGGGAUGCCCAGGCCCCACUCGUGAUGUUAGUUGAGCGUUUGCUGAGAGAGGUCGCGGAAGGAUCGUUCAGGCCAGAUGAUACCAGGAGCGGCCGCAUUGUUGCUGCAGGUGCCGUGCCCCUUGUGCAGCCGGUUCAACCGGUGGGCUCGGAGCUGGUUGAGAGUCUAACUACCUCCUCAGGUGUUGCCUCCCAGGCUCGGUUACCUUGCAAGGAAGAGCAGAUGCCAGGCUCGAAGAGUGAUACAGAGGCGCUGCAAGUUGACAGUGACUCCGAAGGAUUUGCUUCCGAGGGUGAGUCGAUGGAAUCCUCGGACGAAGAUGAAGGCCAGCCGAUUGCGCUGGUGGCCCAGGGCCACCUUGUGCCACCAGGCUUUGAUGUUUGGAGGCACCACUCUUCGGGUGUAGCUCAUCUUGCGCCGAGGGUGCAUUUCAAGAACUUGUUUGCUUGCGGGCGGAAAGUAGGCUCCAAGCAUUUUAAGUCUGCAGCCGCGUCAUUAGGUGACGUCGACUCAUGGGACGGAGAUCCUAUUCCCGUGCGACAAUUCAGGAGGUUUGGCUCGUCGUUCGGCAAAGCAUACCUAGUGAUCAUUUGGACGUGCGUUUGCACCAUGGCGUUGAUCACAUCGGAAGCUGCCUUUUUGCAAAGAUGCACCGAGGUGUCUCCAGAUGGUUCGUUGCACGCGGCAUUGCUCGGCCAGGGCAUUAAGAACUUCCGACAACUAGCCUUUUCGAUAGGAACACCUCGUGUGGAGCCGUCGGCUGCUCAGUAUCUCGAAUUGGCGACCCAGAUUUUUGGCGCAAGCCCUUCGUUGGGAAACGUGGCAAUGUUGCGUGACUUACAUUUUGAAUCAACGACCUACGUGAUACAGGUGUUCAAAGAGCAAGCCACAUCGGAAGGCACAGACACGCAGGUGAAGAGAUUGCCCAUGCCAGAGCGCGCGGCGAGGGCAGCAGAGCAGCAACAUCGUUUGUGCGGUGUGUCGAUUUCAGGGGAGCUGCAGCCUUCUUACAGCCUCAUCGACAAAUGCAAUACCAUGUAUGAAUCAGGAGCCCUCGUUUGGCUAGCACCUUCCGUUUGCAGCAAGAGGGAUGCCGAGGUGUCCCUAGGUGUCAACGAGAAAUCUUCUGUUGUUCACUUGGAAAAGGAUUCGCUGAAGCUCGCGGCCCCCGCGCAGAAGAUUCCAGUUGACCUAUCGAGUCCGCUGUGCCUGCAGUGGGCGUGGCAGAGAAGAGGCAUUGCCUUGGAUCAGUGCAGUCUGCUCACAUGGAAAGUUCAUGAAGCAUAUGUUCAUCGUUUGUUGAACUUUUUGACUGCGCCUGUCCCAGCGGGGUGGACGCAAGUGAAGCCUGAGCAGCUUAUUCGUGCUGAUAAGGAGGUUUGGACUUUGUUGGCCAGGGAGGUUCCUCCUCCCUACAAGACGCUAGCUGACGGCACUAAACCUUUGGAUCAACCUUUCAAGGCGAUGGCUUUCGAUCAACGCAUCCAGGUGUGGCUGUCCCCAGUUCUGAAUACUGGGGGAACGACUGGGGGCUCAGGCUCCUCGGCCGAUGCGGCCAUGCCCGAGAUUCCGCCUCAUGUGCCGAGGCCACCCAGGAAGCCGAAACUCCGAAAGAAAGCCAGCAAGCUGAUGCCAGAUGCUUUUAAGAAGUGUCCUCGUUUCGCCAAGGGCCCAACAUGUUGGGCAUUCAAUGGCGAGGGCUGCUCAGCAGAGACUAAGGUCGUGGAUGGUUUGCCCCGUUGUGCCAAAGGUCUCUCGUCAGUGGAUCCGGGCCCCGAGCCUGCGCCUACUGACCCAGCGACCGUUGCAGGAUCUCUUGAUGCCUCUUUGACGAAGAGGUGCGACAUCCUUGAGUUAUUUGAUGCCCUGCCCAAGUCGCCUUCUCCUCGACAGUCUGAAGGUCUUGCGCUUGGAACUGGGGCCUCAGUGGUUGUCGGCCACGAGGCACAAGCAUUGUACCUUGCCAUGGACUGGGCGAAGGAGCUGGAGGCCCGUGAAACCGAGCUGCAUCAGUCUCUCCCGGAGCAUGUCAGAAAAAUUUUGAAGGGGAAGCGGCUGCUUCUCUGGAAAGAGAUGAUUGAAGAGUAUGACCUUCCGGAUAAAGGCUUGAUUGAUGACAUGAUGGCAGGUUUUCCCCUUUGCGGUUGGCUGCCAAAGAGCUCUGCAUUUCCUUCUCAGGUCCGCAGGCCAGAGUUUUCUGUUGACACGUUGAAGCACCUUGCCGAUGGUCUGAACAAGGCCACUCGCGAAAAGAUGGCUCAACGACAGAGCCCAGAGCUUGAGCAGGCAACGUGGAACGAAACUCUGGCUGAGUUGCAGAGCGAAUGGAUUUGGCAGGCACCUGACGACGAAGAGGGUGUAAAAGUCUACGCUAGAAGAUUCGGAUUGGAUCAACACGGCAAGAUCCGAGUGAUAGAUGACUGCAGUUGCUGUGGCUUGAAUGCCACGGUAGGAGUGGUCGAGAGGUUCGUCGCGCACGCCAUCGACAGAAUGGCGUCAAUGCUUGCCUAUGCCUUGCAGGUUUCCAAGGAUGCCAGCACGUCGUUGUGUGGACGAACGUACGACCUAAAGUCGGCUUAUAAGCAGUUUCCUGUUUCUUGCAAAGACAGAGAUUUGCUUCGCAUGUGGGUCAACUGCCCGCACCGCGACUCUCCGGUGUCAGUAGGGGUGAACUCUCUCCCGUUCGGAGCUAUAGGUCGGAUGAACUUCUUCGAAGGCUUUUGCUUCGGACGUGGGCCAAACCAGGCCAUGAGUAGCACCUGGUUCUUGUUCACGGAUGGCGCUUUUGAGAGCGGCUCAGGCAGUGUGGGAGCCAUCCUGUACAAUGACGUAGGCUGUGCUGUGGGAGCUUUUGGCUCCGCCGUUCCCCAGACUCUCUUGAAUAG